AUGGGUGCCACUGUGAUAGAGACAAGCCUGACUUGCGCUAUUGGCUUGGCAACGACGACCUCCAUAUUCACCAUGAUUUAUAUCGUGAAUGAAAUCAAUAAUUUCUACAACCAUGCUACACAUGAGCUUUCAGACUUCAAGGAACUUGCCGAUUACGCAUGGCAAGAAGUAGUGCCGGCGAAUCCAGUUGGGAGAGAGAAAAGAGAAGAUGAGCUUUCCAAAGCAUCAGGCUGUCAUUGUGAGCCACCACCGACGGACUGCCCACCUGGGCCUCCUGGGCCACCAGGACCCCCAGGUCCACCGGGAGAACCAGGCUUACCGGGUAAACCAGGCAGACGCGGUCUAGACGGUCUAACUAUCAGCUGGUCUCUUGGAAAAGAGUGCAUAAAGUGUCCACCUGGACCUGCCGGACCACCUGGACCGGACGGUCCACCAGGACCACCAGGUCCCGCUGGUAGUCCAGGCGAAAAUGCCCAGUUUGAAGGUAUCGGUCUGCCAGGACCACCCGGACCUCCAGGAGACCCGGGACCGCGUGGUCAGCCAGGCAGUCCUGGAGCACCAGGACCUGCUGGUUCGCCAGGGCGACGUAUUGUAGGCACACCUGGACCUGCUGGACCACCUGGACCAAUGGGUCCACCCGGUCCACCUGGAAUGAAUGGUACUUCUGGAGCGUCAGCCAUGCCCGGGCCACCAGGGACAGCUGGACCGCCUGGAAAACCCGGCCCACCUGGUCCAGACGGGAUUCGAGGUCCACCAGGAUUAUCAGGUGCUCCUGGGGCAGAUGGGCAGUACUGCCCAUGCCCACCACGAACGCAUGGUAUGCCUUAUGAACGACUCGCUGGUGUCUCUAGGCAGAAGAAAGUUGCUGCUUCAAGAAAACGAGUGGCCAGAGGUCAAGCGCAGUACCAUCAUGCAGCACGUGUUAUUUGA